AUGGCAGCUGGCGAUCCACUCGUGCAGUGCGGAGCCUACACAGUUCCAUGGUCUGGGCUAGUACGUUUCCAGACCACUUAUACAGAAUGGCCCGGACAGCGGCAAGCAAUCACGACCCUACAGGACAUCCGAUCGGAUGUCAAGCUACCUCCUCGACUGCGGGAAAGUCUUGCAUACAUUCCAUACAGCGGCGAUGCGGCAGUGGCCGAUGACGUCUUCCAGUGGCUGCGGAAGACGUGGACGCUCACCGCUUCGGAUCCGAGGGACAAGAUAUACGCCUUGCUAGGGAUGGCGAGAAGCAAGCGAUGGCGUAAUUUUCGUCCGGACUACGAUGUUUCAUCCACACAACUGGUGCUCAAGCUCGUCCUUGACCUGGUUGUGAGUGACGGGAAUUUGGACAUCUUGACUCUUGCCAAUCCUUAUGGCGGCGCGACAAGAUUGUUCGACAGUCCGUGGACUCUAAAGGACACUAAGAGUAUUGAGAACCGACCGGAGGAUUUUGCAACUGGUCAGUGGCCUUCCUGGAUGCCGGACUUCAUGGCUAAAGGAUUGCCUUAUCUUGCCACGAUGAAUCAUAUCGAUCCAAAGUCGCCGUUACGGUCGAUCUUGGACCAGCUGCAAGAUCUAGCACCUCCAUACACGUCUGUACCGGGCGUGACCGCUCUCUCCACAUCCGCCGGUAUCACUUUCCCAGGCAGGGACUUGGUCUGUGGCGCGCAGCAACCCUCGACACCCAAGCCCCCUACCAUCACGGCUCACGGCUACUGUAUUGACAAAGUUGUCGAGAUGUCUCGGGCUCAAGUCAUCCUGACGAAAUUUCACUUGACUGCUGCAGAGUCAGACAAGCCCAAAUUGCGCAUCGUGCCAUGGUUGUCAACGUGGUACUGGUACCCUGUCUGGCGUGGCUUGGACCCAGCAUACUUCCAUUUGGACGAGCAGUACACAACUCAAGGCUUCUAUGACGCGUUGACAGCCUAUCUCGAGCAUCAAAAGAAGCUGAAUCAGUACAUGGGCGUUCACAAAGACGAGGGCUUGUCGACGAGCGAGCAAGAUGAUUCUUUAUUCGAGCCUGCGCUCGUGGAUCACGGGACGUCGAAUCCGAAGUCUCGUGUUGACCACGCAAAGCUGGCUGUACUGGUCAAAGCUACGCGCAUGUCGAUGAUGGAGCACUACGAGCGUAUUGUACAACACAGCGCAAGAACCAUUGCGGCCAUCGAGGACGCAAUGCAAGGGCGUGAACUCUUCGUUACCGAGCAAGGGCUACUGGGUAUCGGUCCACAUGGUCUACACGCCGGCGAUCAAGUCGUCGUACUACGUGGUAGCUCGGCCAGCUACCUCCUGAGACAGCACGAUGAUCAUUACACCCUCGUCGGAAAUGCUUUCAUGGACGUGCCGAGAUUUCCCUGUCCUUGGCAACAAGCAGCGGCGCCGUCUGCGACUGGUAUUUUAUCGACCGUGGCCUCAUUGGCGACCGAUCUGAGCGCUCUGAGGAUUGUACCACCGAGAGACUUGAGGACUGGUAAAGCCAAGCUGAGCGAGGCAUGUCCGCCCGCGGCGACCUGGACUCCCGAAGCUGCUCGGUGUGAGGUCUUUGAGAUACGAUGA